GACAGCAGCAUCACUUCAAGUCACAGGUGCCUGUCUCCGCCGCAGUUAUUUCACUGGUUCUUUGAGUGUUUGUUUUUAUACAGAAACUACAACUCUGCAUCUAGUGGUGGAAAAGAAAUUCAACUAGCACAUACGAUAUUUAUUGUCGUUCGAGAAUGUGUGGUGUGGAUGUGGACCUGGAUGAUGGUGGUUCAGCAGAAGAGGAGAAAGAGGAGGAGUUCUGGAUCGGGGAUGGAGUGAAGAUGCUGCCCCCUCCUGUGGCCCAUAGCGAGGACAGUGCUUGGGGCAGCCGCAGAGGCAGAUGUGGCUGCAUGGCCUGUGGGGCAGCACUCAUCCUCUGGAACUUGUGUGUCAUCUCAGCCAGCGUUCUGCUGCUGGCUGUGGUCUUCUCUGUGGUCCUGCUGCCAUCAGUGUUGCUGCUGUAUGCCGGUUUCCUCUGCCACUCCAGGGUUCUUGGUGCCCCGUCCGCCGUCUGCCGUUACCUUGACGACAACAGCUGCUCUGCUCUCAUCAUCUUGGGCUUUGUGAUGAUGUCGCCGCUUGUGGUUGUGGCGGCAGCAGUGUUUUGCGGCCUGCUGAGAAGGUUUCGGCUCCUACUUUGCAUUCAGCCGAUCACACGUGCCUGGUACCGAGGGAGGCUGCUGGACUGGAUGGGCAGCAUCCAUGCCUGGGUCUGAUCCACAUGGAAGAGGAGGUGCUGAGAGUUCACAGGUGUGAAGGAUGGGCAUGUUUCAGAGAGGUGUAUCUGUGUAGAAUCAAUCAGAGUUAUGCAGAAAGUGGAGAAAUUAAAACAAUCUUCUUCUAAAUA